AUGGCGCUCAAAGCAGUCUACGAGCGAUUCCUCUCGACGCCAACCUCUAGCGUCCUCAGCCCCGAUGUCUCACUCAAUUACAUCACGACUACAACCUCAAUCACGGGCAGCGAACAGGUCAUCAAGCAUCUGAGCAACCAGGAGAGAGCAGUUAAGAAAAAGGGAGACAAAAUCCUCAGCAUUGUCGAGACCCCGGAUACUGUUGUCCUGGACGUGGAGACUACACUGGAGUUUGUGACUGGGGGCGGGGCUUAUCUGUCUUCGUUGGACGAUAAUUUCCUGGCCGACCGCGUGGUGACUUUUCCGACGAUUCACAUUGUCCGCUUUAAUUCGCAAACCCAGAUCCAACAGGUUAGAAUCUACUGGGAUCAGGGCUCGCUCCUGAAACAAGUCGAAGUCAUCGGUUCUCGAGGAAAGAACUGGCCUAUUCGCGAUGCCAAGGACCAGUCGAAACUGAUUGUCAACGUAGCAACUGCGCAGGGUAUUACCACACCUCCAUCCCAAGAGCAGGUCCCCGUUGCAGUUGCAGCAAUUGGAAAAGCGCGUGGUUCGUCCAGGCCUCCUUCACGCGCUCCCAGCGAUAUCUUCCCUGGUAGCGACGACGCUGAGAACGAGUCCACUCCACGGGCACGCGAUAGCAUCAUUUCGCCGCGCGCUGGUUCUACGAAACAUUUCCGCCCUGUCCGUGUGUUUGGUGGUGAAGACGACGACGAAUACGCCACUACAAGUCCUAUCAAGCCCAAGAUUGGCUCCAACAAGGGAUUCCAGCCCGUGCGCGUAUUUGACGUUGAGCAAGAUGACACCGAAGCCGCUCAGCAGCCACGAGCCGGAUCAACCAAGAACUUCCAGCCCAUUCGCGUCUUCGACCUAGGUGAAGAUGGUGCCGAGCCCGAAAAGGAGCGUCAAUACAAGACCCAUCCUCAAAAAUUCAACCAUUUCGAGAUAGGCGCCGAAGCCAAUGCUGCCCGCGAAGUCAAGGAUACUCCGGCGGUUCGCUCACGACCCAUGUCUCAAUGGGACUUUGAGGGUUUCUAUACACCCGAGAAACCGCGUCAAAAGCUUCGUGCGCAGGACGUCCGUCAUUUCGGUUGGAGUGACAAUGAAGAAGAGAACAUCGAAACGCCUCCAGUCCGUCCACGAGUCGUCCAACCACGCCGUGACGCAGAGACUCAUUUUCUUCUCGACGAGACGGACGAUGAGAACAACAAGCCUGCACCGCUUCACCCAGGCAAGCGCGUGAUUGGGUCAUUUGGCAACAAAGGUCAAACUUUGUACGACAACAACGUAUACGACGAAGAGCGCAAUCCGACCCCCAAGCAACCCCUCGGCACUGUCGUCAACAACAUCCAUCGUCGGAAGGAUUUUGAUUCCCACUGGGAGGUUCGUGAUCCAACUGCAUCGGAUAUUGCGGCUGCAUCUGCAGAGGAGAAUAUUGGUAGCAGACCCGUGAGCAGCGACCGCGUCAAGGCUGUCAAGAUGAUGGAAUCUUCGUGGGAUAACUUUGAUGAGAAUGAUGAUGAGGCGAAGAAUAAGACCACUACCGCGUUGCCGAAGAGGGCUAGUCGGGCUGUUAACCAGCCUAGUUGGUCUCUUGGAGAUGAGUGA